CGGCGCCGAAGCCACCAGCCGAAAAAGGAGAACCUGCAAUGCCGUUCUACACCAGAGGCGAUGUCACCAUCCAUUACGAAGAACAGGGUUCCGGAUUCCCCCUGCUGUGCACACCCGGCGGUGGAUUGAGCUCCGUCAUGAGCGGUUGGCCGAGGCAGGUCAUCGACGCGUUCGACGAGUUCAAAAACGACUUCCGCUGCAUCACCAUGGACCAGCGUAACGCCAGCGGCGGGCAGUCCACCGGCCCGGUCCAGGUCGAAGACCCGUGGGGAGCAUUCGCUGACGACCAGCUGGGGCUAAUGGACCACCUGGGGAUAGACCAGUUCAUGUUCAUCGGCUUCUGCAUCGGCGGUCCGUUCGCGAUGACGCUGAUCAAGAACGCGCCCCAGCGGGUGCGGGCGGCGGUGCUGUGCCAGCCGGUGGGCCACGCCGAGAAGACGCCGGACGCCAUGUACGAUUCGGGCAUGGACCCUUGGGGACCCGCCCUGUGCGAACAACGUGACGGCCUGACGAUGGACACCGUCCAGCAGUAUCUGCACAACCUGUAUCGGAUCCAGCCGGACUUCAUGUACAGCGUGGACCGGGACUUCGCGCGCGCCUGCCAGACCCCGCUGCUGGUGAUGCCGGACGACACACCCUCCCACUCUCUCCAGGCCGCCAUGGACAUGGUGGCGUUGGCUCCCAACGCGCAGGUAACCGCGUACCCUUGGAAGGAGGAACCGGGCCUCAAGGCCACGACCAUCGAGCAGGUGCGCGGCUUCCUGAAGACCCACGAGCCCGUGGCAGCCGCCCGCUAG